UCGCCGCGCCCCUCCCGCUCCCGCCCCCCCGUCCACUCCCCGGAACCGGCGGCGGAGCUGCGGCCGCCGGCAGUGGAACGGCGACGGCACCACGGAGCCGCCGGGAUGAGCGUCCCCCCCCAUUCCGCGUCCCGGGCCCGGCCUUUCUGACAAGAGGUGUGAGAGGGUUGCUAUUGUGUUACAAUCAUGGUGCAGAAGUACCAGUCACCAGUGCGGGUGUAUAAACACCCCUUUGAAUUAAUUAUGGCUGCCUAUGAAAGGAGGUUUCCUACAUGUCCUUUGAUUCCAAUGUUUGUGGACAGUGACACUGUGAGUGAGUUCAAGAGUGAAGACGGGGCUAUUCACGUUAUAGAAAGGCGCUGUAAGCUGGACAUAGAUGCACCAAGGCUGCUGAAAAAGAUUGCAGGAGUUGAUUAUGUUUAUUUUGUCCAGAAAAACUCACUGAAUUCUCGGGAACGUACUUUGCACAUUGAGGCCCACAAUGAGACCUUUUCUAAUCGGGUCAUCAUCAAUGAGCACUGCUGCUACACCGUUCACCCUGAAAAUGAAGAUUGGACUUGUUUUGAACAGUCUGCAAGUUUAGAUAUUAAAUCUUUCUUUGGUUUCGAAAGUACAGUGGAAAAAAUUGCAAUGAAACAAUAUACCAGCAACAUUAAAAAAGGAAAAGAAAUAAUUGAGUACUAUCUUCGUCAGCUGGAAGAAGAAGGCAUAACGUUCGUGCCCCGCUGGACUCCACCUUCCAUCGCUCCCUCCUCAGAGACCUCCUCAUCGUGCAAGAAACAGGCCAUGUCCUUGGCUGUCGUGGUUCCAGACGCUGCCCAGGCAGAGGGGCUGGGCAGUGAGGCCCUCAGCAGCCCCAGCGGGCCACCGGAGCCCGUGGCGGGGACCCCUGAUGACAAACUAGAUGCGGACUACAUCAAGAGAUACCUGGGUGACUUGACCCCGCUGCAGGAGAGCUGCCUGAUCCGGCUUCGCCAGUGGCUCCAGGAAACCCACAAGGGCAAAAUCCCGAAAGAUGAGCAUAUUCUGCGGUUCUUACGCGCCCGGGACUUCAAUAUCGACAAAGCCAGAGAGAUCAUGUGUCAGUCUUUGACUUGGCGAAAGCAGCACCAGGUGGACUACAUUCUUGAGACCUGGAGUCCUCCCCAGGUCCUUCAGGACUACUACGCGGGAGGCUGGCACCAUCAUGACAAAGACGGGCGGCCACUGUACGUGCUCAGGCUGGGACAGAUGGACACCAAGGGCUUGGUGAGAGCCCUCGGGGAGGAGGCUCUGCUGCGAUAUGUUCUCUCCGUAAAUGAAGAAGGGCUGAGACGGUGUGAAGAAAAUACAAAGGUCUUCGGUCGACCUAUCAGUUCGUGGACCUGCCUGGUGGACCUGGAGGGACUGAAUAUGCGCCACCUAUGGAGACCCGGCGUCAAGGCCCUGCUGCGCAUCAUAGAGGUGGUGGAGGCCAACUACCCCGAGACGCUCGGCCGCCUCCUCAUCCUCCGCGCUCCCCGCGUGUUCCCUGUCCUCUGGACACUGGUUAGUCCAUUCAUUGAUGACAACACCAGAAGGAAAUUCCUGAUUUAUGCAGGAAAUGACUACCAGGGUCCUGGAGGCCUGCUGGACUACAUUGAUAAAGAGAUUAUUCCAGAUUUCCUGAGCGGGGAGUGCGUGUGUGAGGUGCCCGAGGGCGGACUGGUCCCCAAGUCCCUGUACAGGACUGCGGAGGAGCUGGAGAACGAAGACCUCCGGCUCUGGACCGAGACCAUCUACCAGUCUGCAAGCGUCUUCAAAGGAGCCCCGCACGAGAUCCUCAUUCAGAUUGUGGACGCCUCUUCAGUGAUCACUUGGGAUUUUGACGUGUGCAAAGGGGACAUCGUCUUCAACAUCUACCACUCCAAAAGGUCACCGCAGCCUCCCAAAAAGGACUCCCUGGGGGCGCACAGCAUCACCUCCCCAGGAGGGAACAACGUGCAGCUAAUAGACAGAGUCUGGCAGCUGGGCCGUGACUACAGCAUGGUGGAGUCACCGCUGGUCUGCAGAGAAGGGGAAAGCGUGCAGGGCUCCCACGUGACGAGGUGGCCGGGCUUCUACAUUCUGCAGUGGCGGUUCCACAGCAUGCCUGCGUGCGCCGCCACCAGCCUGCCCCGCGUGGACGACGUGCUGGCCUCCCUGCAGGUGUCGUCCCACAAGUGCAAAGUGAUGUACUACACCGAAGUGAUCGGCUCCGAGGAUUUCCGAGGCUCUAUGACCAGCCUGGAGUCCAGCCACAGCGGGUUCUCCCAGCUGAGCGCCGCCACCACCUCGUCCAGCCAGUCUCAGUCCAGCUCCAUGAUUUCCAGGUAGUGCCGCAGCGCCCGUGCCCAGGGCGCAGAGGGGACAGCGCGCCUCCUCGGACAGCCCGCCGCGCUCCGCCACCCGCCCGGCGGCCACACUGUGCAGACUCCUCACCCUCUAGGUAGCAGAUAGCUGUCCAGACGGCAAAUGUAGUCCUUGAUCCCAGACUAUCUCGACAGGUAGUUUUAACUCUGAACUCCAUAGCCAUAGAUUUUGUAUACAGCGUGCACAAAAUCAACCCAGAGCACAAGGGCUCUUGUGAAAGAAAAGUAGUUUAUAUACAAUUAAGAGGUUGACUUCGUCUCAAAUGUUGAUGCAAAAAAUGUUUCCAGCAACCUCCACACCCUGUCCAUUAGCGGAUGAAUUCCUACACAGCCCUUCAGAGGUGACCCACCUUCCUACACGGAGCAGGAACUGCCAGCUCGUCCCCACACCAUGUCACAGUGUCACCCUCUGCUGUUUGCCGGCACGGCCCACGGAUUGAGGGGCUGCCCUCUAGGCACCUGUCCUCCGGGCAGCGCUGCAUCCGUGGGGAGCAGGUGAUCCGCUGUCCCGCAGCGGGUGCGAUUAGGCCCAGGGGCUCUCGGGGUCCCCCCACGGCACCAGGAGAGCACCGCCACCAUUAAACACAGCUUCUCUUUCCUCCUUUCCACAUCUUUUUGGUACUUUCAGAGCAGGGUUUUUCUGUAUGUGAACUUGCGCGGAAGGGAUUCUUUCCCUUUUCCUUCUGGUGUGGUGUUCUUACCUGCGAAUGCUAGUUUUGAACUCACUCUGGACUUACGUCCCCUGUGCCUCCUCUUAGCUUGAUAGCGUCAGAGCCCACGUGGUCUUUCCAGUCACUAGAAGGCUAUUGUGAAGACUCAGUCACAUUUGCCAUUCUGAAGUUGUGCAGUGUUCCUUUGCGUUGAUGAGCGUUCUUGCCGUGUGGCCGCUCCAGGAGAGCGUGUGGUUUACAGGGGCCCCGCUGCUGCAUAGCAGGAACUUGCGGACGUGUGGGGCUGUGUUUGCGUGUGCACACAUGCGGGGUGGGUGUGGCAGUGGUGGGGUGCGCGUGUGAGUGUGGCAGUGCGUUUGUGUGUGCGCGAGUGUGGCAGUGGGGCGCACAUGUGUGGGGGGUGUGCUUGUGCGUGUGAGUGUAGCCGUGGGGGGCACAUGCAUGUGAGUGAGGCAGUGCAUGGGGUGGGUGUUUGGAAUGGGUGGCAAUGCGUGGGGGGCACACGUGGGUGAGUGUGGCAGUGUGUGGGGGUGGGGGUGUUGUGGGGUGGGCGUCAGUGUGGCGUUGGUGAGGAACGAGGCAAGUAGAAAGUGAGAUCAAGUUACAAGGGAUUCUUCUUAGAAGCAAAUCAGAGUAUGAGCUUGGUUUGCCUUUUGUGUUUUGUUUUUGAUUCCCGAUUAGAAAGCGUGGCGUUCUUGUGUUGGCCCAUGUUGUUUUCAGCUUUUUAUGGGAAAAGCAGGUCAUUUGCGAAUCUGUCUGGAUGUUGCGUUGGGUUAGCGUUUGUGGGAAGGAUGUGAUGUGUGGUGUCGUGUGUUGGAAGAGGCUGUGUUUUUAAGCUUUUAAGAUUUGUGCCAAAACUCACGUGGCCGUGAGGGGCACGGAAGCCCUGGGCCGCGUUGCUUCCCGUCUGCUCUCGAGGCCCGAGGUGGGUGGCCGCGGAGUGGGUGAGUGUGUGGAGGGCGUGUGUGCUCCGCGGGCGAGCCCUAGGGGACUUGCGGGAGCGCCCGGGCGCCCAGUCAGUGAGGCCCCCGAGGCGGCCCGCGCACCCACGACUGCGCUUCUCCGCGGUUGCCGGCCUUCCCGGAGUGUGUUUCCUUUGAAGAAAUACGUUCACCAUUGGCACCUAAAGCCUUGUUUCUAGAAAGCACCGCAGGGUUAGAUAGUGCACCUGUGCUGCUCCGAUCAGUGCUUCCUGCUUCUAAAUUAUAAGGACCUGAAGGUGGUCCCUUCCUUCUCUUUCUUUCUCUCUUUCUCUGUGUCUCAGAUGGCGAUUUUGCUGACAGCUGCCAAGAAAACGCUUCCCUCCACAGUCCUCCUCAGCCCAGGGAUGUUUGUAGAACUGUUUGAGUUGCAGCCAUCCCCCCCUUCCCCAGUCCGAAGACGUGUUCGUUUUAAGUUGACUCAGAAGUGGCACUGUCUUGUCCCCAGAGAGCCGAACGGGCUCUGUGUUCAAAGCACAUCACUGCGCAGACGCCUGCAGGGUUGCUCUUGAGCGACACGCGCCUGCUUCUCCCUGGAGGGGCCGCGGGCGCGCAGACCGGACUGCGUGUCUGCUUCCAGUGCCCUCACUUCCCACACUCCACCUUUUUCGGCACUAAGGGUUCUUUUGGUUUCCCCUCUAUUACUAGUGUCUUAACUCACUUUUUUUCUUAAAUUCAUUAUUUGCAUAUCAAAUUCUGUAAAUGUUUUGUAAACAUAUUACCUCACUCUUGGUAAUACAAUACUGAUAGUCUUUAAAAGAUUUUUUUACUGUUAUCAAUAAUAAAUGUGAACUGUUUAAAGAA